CCCCUAUAACAAUACUGAACUCUUCCUGUGACCUUUUAUGUUUUUUGGCUAAGGACACAGAAGAGAAAUUUUAAAGAUGGCUUCCCAAAACCUUGCAGACGACAAUCUUCAACACAAGACUGGUGCUCAUGAACCAAGUUUCAUACAUGCAGUGAAACUUCAAGAAGCCAUUGAAUCUCUGCAAAAGGACGGACUUCUCUGUGACAUUACUCUUUGUGAAACACAUAACGUCCAUCAAGUGGUCCUUGCAGCUAGCAGCCCUUUCCUUGAAGUUUGUUUUAACAAAAAUCAGAAAGCUUCACUAAAUGAUAGUUUUAACAAGCAUCCAGAAAGAGCUGUUAAAGAGUUGAUAAACUAUAUCUAUACGUCAAAACUUCUGCUAACAAGUGAAACAGUUGACGAUAUUCGUCUACUCGGCAAGCUGUUACAGUUGCCUUUUGUUGUGGAAACUUGUGAUGGCUUUUCUAAAGGUAGCAGUGACUCUGUUUUCAGCAACCACUCCUUCGCAAAGGAUUUUCUUGACAAACUAGGCAAGCUUCAAAAAGCAGAAAGCCUUUGCGAUGUUGACAUUUUGGUAGAAAAUUGUGCGAUCAAAGCUCAUAGGGUUGUACUUGCAGCUAGUGGCGACUACUUCAGGGCUAUGUUUACGGGUGGAAUGAAAGAAUGCAGACAAAGUCAAGUUGAACUGUAUUGUCUCAGUACCCAGGGUGUGUCAUCGUGUAUUGAGUUUAUAUACAACUCUGACAUUGAGUUUAAAGGUGUCGAGCAUGCAGAAACUGUCCUGACAACAGCUUGUAUGCUACAGCUACCGUUAGUAGUGGAGCUAUGCUGCCAAUACCUUAAGAAGAUGUUACACGUUAACAGCUGUAUGCACGUUGCUAGUUUGGCUGCUCUCUACAAUCUUAAUAGUCUAAAGUCAGCAGUAGACCAGUUUGUGUUUAAGAACUUCUUAAAGUUUUCUCAGACAGACAACUUUCUGAACUUGCCAGCAGAUGAGGUGAGUUUUUACAUCGACAACGAUCGAUUAGAAGUUAGGACUGAACUUGAAGUCUUCGAUGCAGUCGUAAAGUGGAUCAAACUUGAGAAAAGAACAAGAUUGCAGUAUGCAAGAGGACUCAUGAGUUGUGUAAGAUUUCCCCUUUUGUACCCAGAGGAUCUCAGAGAACACGUUAUUGUGGUGGAUUUUAUGCUACAAGAUCAGGGUUGCAAAGCUCUGAUAGAAGAAGCGAUGACGUAUCAUUCCAACCCUUACCUAGAAAACAAGCUACAGAACAAACGGACAAAAGUUCGCUCCGAUAGCCCUUCCAUUGUCAUUCUCGGUGGAGAGACGCGGUCAGAACAGGUCGGACAAGCCAUGCAGCGGUUGCUUGGGGAUGGUCCUGAAGCGACCCAGGUUUACAGUAUGAUGUUCUGGGACCAAAAUGCAGAGACAGAUUCGGAAUGGCGGCCACUGUCUUCACCUGGGGACAUCCGAGCCAAUCACGCAGUGGCAGUCAUGGACGGAUUCCUGUAUUUUGCCGGAGGUUCCGAAGUACCAGGGGGCCAGGAACUGGCACGUUUUUUCACCAUCAUUGCCGACGUCAGUGCCAACAUGACCGCAUGUUUCCGGUAUGACCCGAGGUUCGACAACUGGAUUCAUCUUGCGCCAAUGAAAAACUCCAGAUGUCACUUUUCUCUCUUGCCGUGGAAAGGGAAGCUGUACGCUAUUGGUGGCUCAGAUGAUCAGCUGCACACGUUAGCUUCCGUGGAGGCGUACACGACAGAAGUAGACAGCUGGGAGUUUGUGCGUUCACUGGAGGAGACGAUUUGCUAUCAUGCAGGCUGUGUGUGUAAUGGAACCAUGUAUCUCUCAGGAGGCUUCAAUGAUGAUGAGUUCACCAACCACAUGUUCACAUAUGAUCCAAGUGCUGGCGUUACCUACAGAAAACCUAUGCAGUAUGCAAGAUUCUUACACUCCAUGUGUGCGGUUGGAAGCAAUACCAUCGUCAUCAUCGGAGGAAGAGCGCAGGACGACACUUUCAAUCAGGUCGAACUUUACGAUAUCACCACAGAUACCUGUUCCGUGGUGGCCCCCAUGCUGCAGCCCCGAAGCCUCAUGGGUACAGUGGUCAUCAGGAACAAGGUGUACGUACUUGGCGGGAAUGAUGGCAAGGAAAACGAACCAACAGACUUGGUACAAAGCUACAAUGUGGACAGAAAUGAGUGGAAGGUGGUGUCAAAAUUACCACACGGACGUAGCUGUUUGACUGCUUGCACAAUACAUCUCCCAAGGAAAGUAAGAUACAGGGAGGAAAUGUAAUACAUUAUAUUGUAAACUAUCUUAAGUAUAGGCCAUUGUCUGAUGCUUAUACAAUAGAUCUUGUGGAAACCUCAGCCCAGUUUUGUAGAGCAUCUAGUAUUGUAUAGGCCAGGGGCAAGGCCCUGCAGAAGAGGAUAGUAUAUUAUGCAAAUUGUCACACAAUUUUGUUUCAACAUAUGCAAUAGAACCAUUCAAAGGACUUUUUAAAUUGUAGGAUGAGCAUAUGGGAAUGGAAAAGUUGAAAUAAAAUGAAGGCAAGUACAAGAGGAGAGGAGGCUAUUACAAUUUAAUACUUAUCAUAACCACAAAAUUACAGUGAUACUCUUGACAGCAAUACAUGUAUCAUCAUUAAAGGUGGAUUUUAAUAUUGCGGCAUACCAACAAGGUGACUCCAACAUCCAAAACAUACAUAACUUUGAACUUGAAGUUCACAACACUGGGAUGCCAACAAAAAUGUCAAUGUUGCAGGCUAUCCAACAAAAGAAUAGGCAAAUAGUACUCUAUCUGACAUGUAAUGUUGCAGGUGAAGCAAAGAUUACAUAAGUGCAGAUUUUAUCAAAUAAGCACAAUUUAACAUUUAGUACCAUGAAAACAUUUCAAUUAAACUUAACUUUUUCCAUGUAAAAGUCAAAACACAUCCUUUUAAUAAAACUUUUACCUUCGGCAUCUAUCAAAUGACAAUCCAAGUGCCUAUUGCAAAUCCAAAGACAUUGCUAAUUAAUAUAUUAUUUAUAUAUCUAUCAAACAAAUCUAUUUGUACAAAUCCUGCAGAAAUCUUCUUGCUGCAUAUGAUAAUAAGAAUAGUACACAUGUACACUGAAUUUAAAAUACUACAUUUCAAAUAUUUCUAACUGCUAGCCCAAAACAUUCCAAUUUGCAGCAAAACAAUUCCUUUACAUUUAUCCAUAAGAGAAAAAAAUCAUUCCCGUACCUGAGAACGACUGAUCCUUAUUACAAGUACUUUAUACAUCUUAAAUCUAUACAGGACUUUUAUGUCGCAACUUAUCAUUCCACAUACUAAUGUAAUAGUUGUAAUGGGUUGUAAGGCAGCAGGGAUAGGAUUAAAAAGUCUCCUUUCAAAAUUAGAAAUUGACCUAGAAUAUCACUUUGGGUAACUAUUACCCACAACCUAUACAGCAAAACUUGAAGCAUUCCAGGCUAUCACAAAGUAUAAAAUCUUCUCCUUCAAUAUAAUUUCUAAGUAAAACUUCCAAGUAUGUACAAUUUUGUUUUAUCACAAAAAAAUGCAAAAUAUUUGACACAUAUCCUGAUUAUGUACAACUGAUUGUUCAACACAAUUUUUUUCACAUUUUUUCUACAUUAAUGAUCGUCUUCAAAGCUUUU